AUGAAAACGACUAGUAGUAGUGUAAACUCAUUUAGCUUACAUGAAAAUGAGAACAAAAUAUUAGAAAAAAAUAAAACAUCUAUUGAUUAUAUAAAAAAUAAAUACAAAAAUAACAACAAUUUAAAUUACAUUAACAGAGAUAAAAAUUGUAAAGAAGAGGAAGAAGAUAAAGGAAAAGAAGUAACUGAUAUAGAAAUUGAGGUAGAAAAAAAAAAUAAAAAAGUAAAUAGUACUAACGUAAUUUUAAGUAAGAACAAAUGUAAGAAACCUGUAGAUAUUUCAAUAGAAAAUGAAAAUAGUUUUAUUAGUAGAUACAAAAAUACUUAUACAAAAGAUAUAAAUUCAAAUAAUGAAAUUAGACAAGAUAAGAGUAAUAAUUCAUUAGCAAACAAAUUAAAAAAUGUUAAUAAAGAUAGUAAAUUCACAACAAAUAAAAAUUAUGAUUUUAUAAAUAAUACAAAACUCAGUGAAUAUUCUAUCUUUAAAAAUGAAAAUAGUAAUUAUAAUAGAAAUAAAAAUAAUGUUAAUGCAUCAACAAAAAAUUCUAACGAUAACGGUAGUUUUAAGAGAAAGUUUUAUGCAGUUGAAAAAAAAAAAAACAAUAGGCAUAUAGAUUUAGAAACAUAUGAAUCAGUGUAUAACUCUAAUAAAAAACUUACACUAAGGAGACAAAAUUCAGAAAAUAUUCAUAAUUCAUCUAGCACGGAUUUAAAAGAAAAAAAUAAUGGCAAUAACAUCUCAGAAGAUAGUGAUAAUAUAAAUAAAGAAGAAAAAAAAAUGAAUAACUAUGAAUUGUACAAAAAUAAUAUGAAUAAUGGAGAUUAUUUAAGUAAUUUAAAAGGGGCUGAUAUCAAAAAUUUGUUCUUUAAGAAUGAUGAUAAAAAAGACAACGAAGAAUAUAAAGAAAAAAAUUUUCCAUAUGGUAAUAGAAAUUAUAAAGAAAAUAUUAAUAAUCAUGAAAAUUUAUAUAAAGGUAAUAUUAGAUAUAAUUCUACAACAACUAGUGAAUUUCCAAGAAAUAAUAACACAAAUAAGAUAGACAUGAAUUUAUUAUAUAAUAAUGAUAUUGAACAACUGAACUCCAAUACACCUGUUUAUAAUGAUACAAAUAAAUUAAGCGAUUUACAAGAAAAAUAUAAAAAUAAUUUCUAUUUUGAAAAAGGUUACACUAAUAUGAAUGAUGUCAAAGAAAAGGAAAACAGUAAAAUAAAAAAUGAUACAAUAUUCUCUAAUAAUAUGAUGUACAAUGAAAAUAAUUUAAAAAAUGGAUUGAGGAGUAAUUAUAUAAACAGUAUAAUAAAUAAUAGAAAUAUGAAAGAAAACAAUACAAACGAAAAAAAUGAUUCUAAUGAAAAGGAAUUAGAUAUGUUUAAAAAUUUAAAUUAUAAUAAUGACAAAAACAAAUCAGAAAACACAAAUGAUAUAAACAAUAAAAAAAAAAAAAUUCUGGAAAAUUUAAUGAAUAUGAAUAAUAAUAAAGAUGAAGAUAAAAGCAUAAAUGGUUUUAAUUUGAAUGAUAUAAAAAAUAAUUAUAUAGACAAUUUUUAUAAAAAAAAAAAUACCAUAAAUAUAGAAUUUAAAAAUGCUCAUAAACGUUCUAGCUCAAGCAAUGUAAAUAUAGGAAAACAAGAAACAGAAAAAUAUAGUAAUUAUUUAAAUUAUAUGGAUGAUACAGAAACCAAAAUAAUUUAUAAAGAAAAAGAACCCAUAAAUAUUUUAGGUUAUGAAAAAUAUUUACAGAUGAGAAAUGAUAAUAAUGAUAAUUUUUUUAAAAGUAAAAUAAAUUAUUUAAACAUUAAUGAUUUAAAUAAAAAUAAUUUUAAUAGUCCACUAGUUAAUAAUAAUGCAACUUUGAAAAAUAAUAAUGAUAUAACAAAUAUAGGAGGAAAUUUUGAUUUGAAUGAAUUAAAAAGUAAACAUUUAAAUAAUUUUAAUAAUAAUUCAGAAGAAACGAAAAAAUUAAGUAAGAAGGAGAUAUAUUUUGAUGAUAAAAAUGAGAAUAAUCAAAAUAUUAUGAAUGAAAAAAAUAAAAUUCAGCCUUUAAUAAGUAAUUAUGAGGAUUUAUUUUCUUUUGAUAAAAAUAUUAGAAAAAAAAAUGAUUUUAAAAAUAUUGUGUGCGUAUGCCAAGCAAGUAAACAAAUGGCUCGAUUACAAAUUCACAUGGAAGAGAAUAGACAAAUGCUAGAAACUGAAAAAAAUUUACUGAAAAAAAGAAAGGAUAAUUUUGAAAAAAAAGUAGAAAUGUUAGCAGAGAAAGAAAAAGAAGUUGAAAAAAUUCAUUCACAAAUUAAAGAAAAAGAGAUAACAGUAGAAAAAAAAAAAAAUGAAAUUGAAGAGAAGGAAAAAUACAUAAAUUCCAUAAAAAAUAAAUAUGACAAUGCUCAGAAAGAACUUUUAGAAAAGAUGAACGAAUGUAUUACUAUCGAAAAUAAAUGUAAAAGCAAAUUAUAUGAAUACGAUGAAAAGUUUGGCCAAUUUAAUAAGAAAAUAAAAGAAAUGGAAGAAAGAGAAAAGGAAAUAGAAAAUGAAAGAAAAAAUAUAGAAAGGAAAGAAAAAAUGCUAAAUAAUAAUAAAAAAGAAUUAGAAGAAGAAAAAUUAAUAAUUAUGAAAGAAAAAAAUGAGCUUGAAAUAUUAAAAAAAGAAUUAGAAUCAUUAGAAAAAGAAAAGAAAAAAAUUAUUGAAAGUGAAUAUAAUAACUUGCAAAAUAAGGAAGACGAAUUAAGAAGAAAUGAACGAAAUAAUCUUAUUAAAGAAAAAGAAUUAAAAAAUAGAAUUGAUAGGUAUAAUGAUUUAAUUGAUGAAUUAAAUAAAAAUAAGAAUGAGUUUGAAAAGGAUAAAAUAAAAAUACUAGAUGAUUUGCAAGAAGAAAGGUUGAAAUUCUUAAAUGAAAAAAAGCAGUUUCAGAUAGAAAUAGAGCAUGAAAAAAAUAAUUUAAAAAAAGAAAAAGAAAACGAGGUAAAUUAUAUGAAAGAAGAAUUAAAAAAAGAAAGAAAUUUAAUGAUUGAAGAUAUAGAAAGAAUGAAAUUAAUUAUGUUGGAAGACAUUGAAAAUACUAAAAAUAUGAUGUUAGAAAAUAUUGAAAAAGAAAAAAAAAUAUUAAAAGAUGAAAUAGAAAAUGAAAAAAUAGUAAUGAAAAAAAAUUUAGAGGAAGAAAAAGAAAAAUUUAAAAGUUUAGUUGAACAUAAGUAUAAGGAAAAUUAUGAAAAUGAUAAAUCUAUAUUAGAAAAAAAAUAUGAAGAAGAAAAUAACAAAUUGCAAAACGAAAUUGGAAAUGAAAAAAAAAAAUUAAGUAAAGAUAGAGACAAUUUUGAGCAACAAAAAAAAAUAUAUGAAGAAGAAUUUAGAAACAAAUGUGAAAAGUACGAAAGUAGCAUUCAAAAAAAAUAUGAAAUUAUGGAAGAUGAUAAUAAUAAAAUGAAAUAUCUUAUAAUGAAAGAACAAGAAGAAUUAGAAAAUUAUAAAAAGACUGUUUAUUUAGAUAUAGAAGAAGAGAAAGAAAAAUUAUAUGUACAACAAGAAAAGAUAAAUUUAGAGAAAGAAAAUUUAUUAGUAGAAAAAGAACAAAUUGAAAUAGAAUUAAAAAAUUAUAAGAACUUUAAAGAAAAAGAGGAAAACGAUAUAAAAAUUCGUAUUAUAAAUUUGUCACAGCAACAGGAAGAUUUGAAUAAAGAAAAAGAAAGCUUGGAAAAAGAAAAAGAAGAAGUAGAAAAGAGAAAAUUUGAUUUAGAUGAAAGAGAAGAGGGGUUAAAUAAUGAUAAGAAUCAAAUAGAAGAAUCACGUAAAAUAUUUGAUCAACAAUUAGAAAAAAUAAAAAAAAACAAAGAGGAAUUAUUAAAUUAUGAUAAAGAAUUGAAAACAAGAGAAAUAAAUUUAAUUGAAAAAGAAAAAGAGUAUAAUAAAAAGGAAGAAGAAUCAAAUAAGAAGAGAGAGUUACUUAAUGCAUUUGAUAAUGAACUUAAAGAAUACAGCGCUAAAUUACAAGCUAGAGAAAAGAAACUUAAAGAAAAAAAGAAUGAAUUACAGAAGGUUAAAGAUCAGCUAAUUAAUUACAAAAAUAGUUUAAAACAAAAAGAAUCACAAUUUCAAAUGAUAGAAAAGCGAGAAAAGGAAUUAUUAGAUGAGCAAACAGUAAUUCAAAUAGAUAGAAACAGCCUAGAAGCAGAAAAGAAACAAUUUUUCUUAAUGAAGGAAAAACAUGAAAAAGACACCGAAUUUAUACAAGAACAAUUAAAAUUAUUACAUGAGCAAUUAAAAAAUAAAGAAAAAUCUCUUAAGGAGAAAGAGAAUGAAAUAAAUUUACUAAAUAAAUUGCAAGACUGUAGAAAUAAAGGAGGAAAGGGGACUAUAAUAUCCUUAAAAAAUCUAGAUAAUAAAAUGCUAAGUUCAAAUAUAUCAAGAGCAAGUUAUUCUAGAAAUAAAGUGAAAGUUAAAAUUAUUGGAAAAAAUAAGUUAGAUAUAAUAAAAAGAAGAAAUAGAAAAAAAAGUAUAAAUUUUAAUUAUAAUAAUCUUGAAAUUAAUAAUAGUAUUCAAUAUAUAGAUAGCAUGAUAAAUGAAAAUUUCAAAAAUAAAGCUUUUUUAAAAUAUAAUAACGAUAAUUUAGUUUUGUCAGGUGCAAAUUUUUCAACAGACAAAGUGAACAAUGAAAUAUAUAAUCAUUCAACAAAUAAAAUAAAUAAUAAUACAGGUUCCAAAUACUUGAAUGAUAAGGCAAGUUAUGAUAACCAGGAGAAAAUAGAUGGAUUAUAUAAUAUAAAUGAUAAAAAUAAUUAUAAUAAUAAUAUUUCAAAUAAUUCAAAAAAAAAUAUAAUGAAUUAUGCGAUUAAUGUAAAUAAUGAUGCUGGAAGCACUAUUACUAGUAAUAAUGAAAAUAGUUCAAAUAGGAACUAUAUGAAUAGGAAUAAUAAUGAGGAUGUUGAUCAUUACAAUAAUAAUAAUAAUAAUAAUAAUAAUAAUAAGGAUAAUAAUAAUUAUAAAAAUAAUUUGAAUGAUGCAAAAAACUAUUCUGAUAUUAAUAAUUUAACUGAUAGAUCUAAAAAUAAUUUUGAGAAUCAUUCAUAUAAGCAUAUUCAAAAUUAUAAUUUGAGAAAUGACGAUUUUACAAAAAAAGAUUUUGUGAAUGAAAUAUCUAUUGAAAAUUUGGAAAAUUAUAAGAAUAUAGAUAAUAAUAACAGUGAUGUGAAUGAAUAUUUAAACAAUUAUAAUAAUGAUAAUAGAAAUUAUAGUGAACAAAAUAAUAAAAACGAUAAAAAAAAUAUAAAAAAUAUUAUUUCAUAUAAUAAUAAUAUAAAUGAAAAAAAAAAUGAUAAUGUAAAUAUAUUAAAUAAUAAUAAUAAUGAGUACAUAUAUUCAAAUAAUAAUACUAAAAACACAAACAAUUAUGAAAACGAUUUUCGAUCGGAUAUAAAUAUUAUGCAUUGUGAUGAAAAUGAAGAUAAUAAAAAAUAUAAUAAACAAAAUAAAGAGUAUAUAAAUAAUAAUAAAAAAAAUAACUUUGUUUCUAAUAAUUUUUAUAAUAAUAGUUAUAAUAUAAAUAAUUUAAAUACCAAUAUUAAAAUGGGUAUUAGUAAUUUGAACGAUACUUCAAGUUCUAAAAAUAAUUUAGGUUCUGAUUUUAAGGAAAAAAAAGAGCAAACAAAUAUGUUAUCGUCAUUAAAUGUAAAUAAUUUAAUAGAAUCUGAUUUGAUUGAUAUGAAGAGCAAUUUUGAAUAUUAUUCUGAUAAACAAAAUAAUAAAUAUGAUGAUUUAGAGAUAUUGGAUUAUAAUAAAAAAGAUGGAGCAAUGUUAGAAUGUAAUAAUAUUAUAGAAAAUGAUAUUGAUCAUGAUGUUUUAUCUAUUGAUAAUAUAAAUAAAAACAUUAAUUGUAUUAAUAAUAAUGUUGAUAAUAUAAAUAACAAUAUAAAUAAUAUAAAAGAUAAUAUUCUUAAAAUUAAUAGCAAUGUGCAUAAUAAUGAUAUUCCAAACAGAAACAAUAAUAAUGAUGAAAUAUUAAAAAAAAAUAAAAAGAAUCAAUCAUCCCUGAAUAAAAUUGAUAAUUUAGUAAAUAAAAAUAUGCAAUCAAUAAAUCAUUUAUCAUCAUUAAUGCAAAGCACAAAAAAAAAAAAUAUUCCACUUAGUCAGUUAAAUGAUAAUUUUAAGAAUUAUAAUUCAUUAAAAAAUAACAAGAACGUUAAUAACGAUAAUUUUUCUAAUGAAUAUGAUUCAUUAAAAAAGGAAAGUAAUUUUAAUGAAUUUUUGGAGGAUAUAAACUCUGAAAAAUAUUUUAAUUCAAGAUUUGGUGAAAAAUUAGAUGAUAAUCUUUAUCAUAAUAUGAAUAAAUCUUUUCAAAAUAAAAAUAUAACAGAUACAUAUGAACAUAAAAAUUUAUAUAAUAAUAAAGAAAUUGACAUAAAUGAUGAUAUAAAUAUACAAUUAAUAAAUGAUAAUUGUAAUAAUAAAAAUAAUAGAAGUAAUAAUAAUAAAAAUAAUAUAAAUAUUUCUUCAAUACCUUUAUCUAGUAAUAAUACGAAAAUAAUCCAAGAGACAGGAUACAACAGUGACAGCAAUGUUUUAAAUAAUUAUAGUUAUAUGAUAAAUGAAGAUAAUAAUUCUAAAAGAGUUAAUCCACAAUUUAUUAAUUAUGAAAAUGAAAACAAGUUAAAAACUCGUAACAAUAGUAGUAAUAUUUAUCAUAAUAGUAACAAUCCACAUAUUUAUAAAAAUAACAUAAUACAUAAUAUAAAAAAUAGAAACCCAGAAUAUAUAAAUGAUAGAAUUAAUAAAAACCAACAUGAAUCUAAAGAAUUACUCUAUGAAGAUAAUACAAUUAAUCAUGAAAGUGUGGAAAAUAAUAGAGAUAAAAUCAUAAAUGAAAAUCAUAAUAAAAUGGUUUAUCUUAAAAAAGUACAUUUAAACAAUGUAGCACUAUUAAAAGAAACAAACAAAACAAAUUUAAAAGAUCAAGAAAGUAACAACUAUUUCAAUAAAAAUAAAAAUACACGUGAUAUAAAUACAACAAAUAAUUUGAAAAAUACUCAAAUGAAUACUCAAAACUUAACAAAUGAGAAUAAAAACAUAAGUAUAAAUAAUUACAGCAAUAAUAAUAAAUUCCCUAAUAGAUUAGAGAAAAAUAUAAAUAAAAAUGUAAAUAUGAUAAAAAUAAAGGGUUUUAUGAAAGGAAUACAAAAUAACAAAGAAUUACCUAAUAAUAAUUCUUUAAGCGAAAAUAUAAAUUUAAAAAAUCAAAAAAAUAAAAAUAAUAUUGAAUAUAAUAAUUAUAAUAAGCAUGUUACUAAUUAUAAUGAUAAAUAUUUAAAUUCUAAAAUUAUCACAGAUAAUAAUGAUCAAGGUAAAAACAACGAUAUAAUAGAGCAAUUAGAUAAAACUUUAUUAAAUAAAUCAAUUAUGAUGAAUAAAAAUAAAAAAAAAUAUCAGAAAAAAUAA